AUGUCAACUGGACAAAGAGCUUUUGAUGGAUAUCAGUUUGAUAACUGUCUCGCAAUUAAAAUUAUUCGCGGAUUGCGGCCAGAAAUUGCAUCUGAAACCCUAGAUUGCUAUAUUGAAUUUGCUAAAGAAUGUAUGAAUG